GGCAGUCAGGUCAUAGUACUACUCAGUGACGGAGUUAACGAACCAAACCGGUCGCAGUGUCGCAAACAUGGCGGCUUUCAGUAAACAUUUAACAGCAAAAAACUCAUGCUUAGCAGGCGGUGGCUUGCUGCUUCUGUACCUGUUAAAACACAGACGUCAAACGCGCAAAGAACUCAGUCUCAAAGGAUCCUCCCAACUUCUAGUGACUACAGAGAAAGAUGGAAAAAAAGACAAAGCAGCUGUGGAUAAGAUUUUCUUUUUCAGAAUACUUCGAAUUCUUCAUAUUAUGGUGCCACGGGUUUUCUGCAUGGAGACCGCUUACCUUCUCCUCAUUGCCACCAUGUUGGUGACCAGGACUUAUUGUGAUGUGUGGAUGAUCCAAAACGGUACCAUGAUUGAAAGUGCCAUCAUCGGACGCUCGACAAAAGACUUCAAGAUCUUCUUGUUCAGCUUUAUCAAAUUCAUGCCAAUUAUAGCUUUGGUGAACAACUUCCUCAAGUUGGGCCUAAAUGAGCUAAAGCUGAGGUUCCGUGAAAGGCUCACAAAGAAGCUGUAUGACCAGUACCUGCAAGGUUUCACUUAUUACAAAAUGGGAAACUUGGACAACCGGAUAGCCAAUGCAGACCAGUUAUUGACCCAAGAUGUGGAGAAAUUCUGCAACAGUGUGGUGGAUCUUUACUCAAACCUCAGCAAGCCUCUGUUAGAUAUAGUUCUGUAUAUCGUCAAGCUGACCAGUGCCAUUGGUGCUCAGGGCCCGGCCAUCAUGAUGGCUUACCUGCUGAUCUCAGGCCUGUUUCUGACCAGACUGAGAAGGCCCACAGGAAAGAUGACAGUGACUGAGCAGCGUUAUGAGGGAGAGUACCGCUAUGUAAACUCUCGCCUCAUCACAAACAGUGAAGAGAUUGCCUUCUACAAUGGAAACAUGAGGGAAAAGCAGACAAUUCAUGCCACAUUCAAGAAACUUGUGGAUCACUUGCAUAACUUCAUCUUCUUUCGUUUCUCUAUGGGGUUUGUGGACAGCAUUAUUGCAAAAUAUGUAGCAACUGUGGUGGGCUACCUCGUGGUCAGCCGGCCCUUUCUCAACCUGUCUGACCCCCGACACAUGCACAGCACACAUUCUGAGCUGCUGGAGGAUUACUACCAGAGUGGCAGGAUGCUUUUGAGAAUGUCUCAGGCCCUGGGUAGGAUUGUCCUGGCGGGGCGAGAGAUGACCCGCCUGUCUGGGUUCACAUCUCGAAUCACUGAACUGAUGACUGUUUUGAAGGAGCUGAAUGCUGGCAAAUAUGAACGCACCAUGGUUUCCCAACAGGAGAGGGAUGCAGAGAAACCCAUACUUGUCCCUGGAAGUGGUCAAAUUAUUAACAGAGACAACAUCAUCAAGUUUGACCAUACUCCCCUGGCAACACCAAACGGAGACCUACUGAUCAGAGACCUCACCUUUGAGGUGAGGUCAGGCACCAAUGUUCUUGUUUGUGGACCUAACGGCUGUGGAAAGAGCUCCUUGUUUAGAGUGCUUGGAGAGUUGUGGCCUUUGUUUGGUGGAAGCCUGACAAAACCCGAGAGAGGAAAGCUCUUCUACGUUCCACAGAGACCAUACAUGACUCUGGGCUCUCUGAGGGAUCAAGUCAUUUAUCCAGACACUGUAGAAGACCAACGGAGAAAGGGGAUCUCAGAUCAGGUAUUGAAGGAUUAUCUUGACAAUGUUCAGCUUGGUCACAUUCUGGACAGGGAGGGCAGCUGGGAUACAGUCCAGGAUUGGAUGGAUGUUCUCAGUGGAGGGGAAAAGCAGAGAAUGGCUAUGGCAAGACUUUUCUACCACAAGCCACAGUUUGCCAUUCUGGAUGAGUGUACUAGCGCAGUGAGUGUCGAUGUGGAGGACUACAUCUACAGCCACUGCAGAACGGUGGGCAUUACAUUGUUUACAGUGUCCCAUAGAAAGUCCCUGUGGAAACACCAUGAGUACUUUCUCCACAUGGAUGGGAGAGGAAACUACGAUUUCAAGCCCAUCACAGAGGAAACCGUAGAGUUUGGGUCCUAAAUGCCUGUGGGCAGAGGCCAUGCAUGCACCGUUCUCUUAGAUAAAAUCUAUUAACCUGGUACUUUCAAGAUACAAUUCACAGCCAAUACUAGAAAAUAAUUUGUAAUUAUUUCUAAGAUGUUUUUUGCUUUUUAAAAUAUUAAGUUAGUUUGGGAUAAUCCUUGUGAUUCUGUUAUAAUUUGUGUUAAUUUUUCACAUAUAAGAUGAGCGUGUGGGUGUUAGAUUUUGCUAUACAGCAACUUUACCAUAUAUGCAUCAGAUCACAUUUCACAGCAGUGACAGGUUUGACUGAUGUUGUUCUUAGAAACCAUGCAUUGUAUAACUGAUUCUCCAGGACUCAUGGCUGGCUCACAUGUUGGCUCUAAAAUUUUGAGCAGAAAAACUGUUGUCAUCCCUUACUGUAAGGACAUGAGGCUUGUUUGUAUAAAGUGCGUUAAUCCUAAACAGUCUUGAGGAAUCCACUGUAAGCGCUGUUCAUUGUUCCACUUCUUAUUGCUGCUUUUCUUAUCUUGCUGAUUUAAUAGAAACCAAAUGAUGAUUAAAAAAAUAGGUAAAUUAUAGAGAAGUCAUUUGAACUUAACAAAGUUGGUAUUUUCUUUAAAUCAUCUAGACUUAAAAAAACUACCCAGACCAGGUUUUGGUGCUUUAGUGCCAUUAUGUUUGCUGAAGUCUGAAGAUCCAGUCAGAGAACAGCAAGUAGGCCAAGUGACUUUAAACUGGCCUCCUUCCUGGUUGGUAGAGCAGUUUUUAAAUGUUGCCCAGGGUAUGGGAUAAAAAACGUUUAAAACUAAUUUACUUAAUCUUUAUAAAUGGGGACUAUGAAUAUACAGAUGCACAAACAAUGCUUGUUAUUUCAUUAAUGUACUUGCUAAAUAACCUUAUUUUGGAAUAUGUAAAGAGGCCUUAACUGUAAUGUUGGUUUUAUAAGAAUAAUUCUGUCAUAAUAUCAUGUUGCCUUAAAAAGUAUAAAAAUGUAGGAGAACCCCAUUUUUAUUGUUCUUUUCUCUUUCUAUCUUGACACAUUUAAUAUUUAUAACACAUAGUUCAUCAUCGGAGGUAGGACCACCAAACUACUGAUUCUAAUUUAACUUCAGCUGUUCGAGUGACACACUUUGUGUUCCUGCACUGACAUGAAUUGUUUGUGUUCUGUUCAAGGACUUUUGACACUAUGUAGAACAGGGGUUCCCAAAGUGGGGGUCGGGACCCCGCAGGGGCUCGCGAGACACCAAGUGGGGGAUCUCCAGAUGAUUUUUCAAAAUCAUCAUAAUGUGACCGUUGAGUUGUAUGAAGGGGCCAAAAGGGACAAAAUUACAUAUACAUAUCAUGAAAUGAAUGUGAAUGUCUAAUUAAAUACGUGUACAAAGAAAUCAAUAAAUCUACAAAUAAAUCUA